GCUGUGGACUUAAUUAUAACAGAUUGGCGUGUACGUGGUCGUGUGUGUCGAGUGGGAGGUGGGAAAAAUUAUAAUUUUAAUAAUUUCGCGAGUUUUAAAGCAGGUAAAAGCGUGCUGUAAGGUUAGCGUGCGCUGUGUUUUUACAUGUCUCCUCAGCUCAGAGGACCGCAGUUGUAUAAUUAUAAGGGAAGCAGCAGCAGCAUCAUCUAUUGGUGGUAUUUGGAGCCCAGCAGGCGUGGAAAGAAAGUGCGUUGUUGUUAGUUGACGCUGCUCAUCAUCCUCAUCCGGCCUGCUGCGAAGCGAAGCCGGGAGCUGGAGUUUGAAACGGAGCGCUCACAAUGGCGGUAAACCUAGAUAAGGACGCAUACUACCGCCGGAUCAAGAGACUAUACAGCAACUGGAAGAAGGGAGAAGAUGAGUUUGGCAAAGUCGACGCUAUCGUGGUGUCUGUGGGGGUUGAUGAGGAAAUUGUGUAUGCCAAAUCCACAGCCAUACAGACGUGGCUGUUUGGCUACGAGUUGACCGACACCAUCAUGGUAUUCUGCGACACCAAAAUCAUCUUCCUCGCCAGCAAGAAAAAGGUGGAUUUCCUCAAGCAGGUGGCUAUAACUAAAGGCAACGAGAAUGCCAAUGGUGUCCCGCCCAUUACCCUGCUCACCAGAGAAAAGAACGAGAGCAACAAGGCCAACUUUGACAAGAUGAUCGAGGCCAUCAGAGGCAGCAAAGAGGGCAAGACGGUGGGCGUGUUCAGCAAAGACAAAUUCCCAGGAGAGUACAUGAAGAGCUGGAAUGACACGCUUUCUGCUGAGGGACUGGAGAAGGUGGACAUCAGUGCUGUGGUCGCCUACACGAUGGCGGUGAAGGAAGACGGAGAGCUGGCCCUGAUGAAGAAGGCAGCAGCCAUCACCAGCGAGGUUUACUCAAAGUUUUUCAAGGAGCGCGUGAUGGAGAUCGUUGAUGCUGAUGAGAAAGUGCGUCACAGCAAGCUGGCGGAGUCAGUGGAGAAGGCCAUCGAGGAAAAGAAGUACCUGGGCGGUGCGGAUCCGUCCACUGUGGAGAUGUGUUAUCCUCCCAUCAUCCAGAGCGGCGGGAACUACAGUCUCAAGUUCAGCGUGGUCAGCGAUAAGAACCACAUGCACUUUGGUGCCAUUACGUGUGCCAUGGGGAUCCGCUACAAGUCAUACUGCUCCAACCUGGUGCGCACACUCAUGGUGGACCCCUCUCAGGAGAUGCAGGACAACUACAACUUCCUGCUGCUGGUGGAAGAGGAGUUGCUCAAGGAGCUCAAGCACGGAGUCAAAAUCUGUGACGCGUACAAUGCAGUCAUGGAGUACGUGAAGAAAGAGAAGGCGGAGCUCGCGCAGAAGCUGACCAAAAACCUUGGCUUUGCGAUGGGGAUCGAGUUCAGAGAAGGGUCGCUGGUUUUGAACGCCAAAAAUCAGUACAAACUAAAAAAAGGCAUGGUGCUCAGCGUCAGUUUGGGUUUUUCUGACUUGGUGAAUAAAGAUGCGAAAAAAGAAGAGCAGAAGAAGUACGCCUUGUUUCUUGGUGACACUAUACAGAUCAAUGAGGAGGAGGCCGCCACAGUCCUCACACCGGUGAAGAAAAAGAUCAAAAACGUGGGAAUCUUCCUGAAGAAUGAUGACGAGGAGGAUGAGGAGGAGGAGGUCGACGACGCAGAGGAGCUGCUGGGGAAAGGCGCUCGCAGUGCCGCUCUGCUCGCAGACAGAACCAGGCUACUUGGGAAGAACGAGAUGACGGCGGAGGAGAAGAGGCGGGCUCACCAGAAGGAGUUGGCCAAUCACUUAAAUGAAGAAGCGAAGCGUCGUCUGACGGAGCAGAAAGGAGAGCAGCAGAUCCAGAAGGCCCGGAAAUCUAACGUCUCCUAUAAGAACGUGUCUCAGAUGCCCAGAGAAAAGGACAUCCGGGACAUGAAGAUCUUCAUCGACAAGAAAUAUGAGACUGUCAUCAUGCCCGUCUUUGGCAUCGCCACACCAUUUCACAUCGCCACCAUCAAGAACAUCAGUAUGUCUGUAGAAGGAGACUACACCUACCUGAGGAUCAACUUCUACGUCCCUGGCAGCUCACUGGGCCGACAGGAGGGAAACAUCUUCCCCAACCCUGAAGCCACAUUCGUCAAAGAAAUCACGUACCGGGCGUCCAACCUGAAGGCUCCCGGCGACACAUCGGUGCCCUCCACCAACCUGCAGAACGCCUUCCGCAUCAUCAAGGAGGUGCAGAAGCGCUACAAAACACGAGAGGCCGAAGAGAAGGAGAAGGAGGGCAUCGUCAAGCAAGACUCUCUGGUCAUCAACCUCAACCGCAGCAACCCCAAACUCAAAGACCUCUACAUCAGACCCAACAUCGCGCAGAAGAGGAUGCAGGGCUCGCUGGAGGCUCAUACUAAUGGUUUUCGUUUCACGUCGGUCCGCGGUGAUAAAGUGGACAUUCUUUACAACAACAUCAAACACGCCAUCUUCCAGCCGUGUGACGGUGAGAUGAUCAUCGUACUGCACUUCCACCUCAAGAACGCCAUCAUGUUUGGUAAGAGACGCCACACGGACGUCCAGUUCUACACAGAGGUGGGCGAGAUCACCACAGACUUGGGCAAACACCAACACAUGCACGACCGAGACGACCUGUACGCCGAGCAGAUGGAGCGGGAGAUGAGGCACAAGCUCAAGUCGGCCUUCAAGAACUUCAUCGAGAAGGUGGAGACGUUGACUAAAGAGGAGCUGGAGUUCGAGGUGCCCUUCAGAGACCUGGGGUUCCAGGGCGCCCCCUACAGGAGUACCUGCCUGCUACAACCCACGUCCAGUUCUCUUGUCAAUGUUACUGAAUGGCCGCCUUUUGUGGUCACUCUAGACGAGGUGGAGCUGGUUCACUUUGAGCGUGUGCAGUUCCACCUGAAGAACUUUGAUGUGGUCAUCGUUUAUAAGGACUACAACAAGAAGGUCACCAUGAUCAACGCUGUGCCCGUGAACUCCCUCGACCCCAUCAAAGAGUGGCUCAACUCUUGUGACAUCAAGUACACAGAAGGCGUCCAGUCUCUGAACUGGACCAAGAUCAUGAAGACCAUCGUUGACGACCCAGAGGGGUUCUUCGAGCAGGGAGGCUGGUCUUUCUUGGAUCCAGAGAGCGAGGGAAGCGGUGCCGAGGAAGAUUCAGAGUCAGAAAUGGAGGAUGAGACAUUCAACCCGUCUGCAGAUGAAGAAGAAGAGGAAGAGGAAGACAGUGAUGAGGAUUACAGCUCAGAGACGGAGGACUCUGAUUACAGCGCGUCACUGGGCAGUGAGGAGGAAAGCGGGAAAGACUGGGAUGAGCUGGAGGAAGAAGCCAGAAAAGCUGACAGAGAGAGCCACUAUGAGGACGAGGACACCUCCAACAGGAAGAGGAAGGUGCGGCCAUCAGCCCCGCCGAGCAAGAAGAAGCGACGGCACUAAACGUCCCAAACAUCCAUUCAUACUGCCAAACCUGACCCUCCCUCCCACCACGGCCGGCUCCCCACACUUCACACAGACCCACACCUGCGCUCAGACACACACAGUGUACAUAGACGUAGACACCGCCCCCUUUGUUUAUUUUUUAUUUUUUAGUUGUUGUUGGUAUCAGUUCUACCUCUUCUUAAAGUCAAUAAAGAGUUCUUUUACUGAUGGCAUGAAGUUGGCUUUAAUGUUAGUUGUAAGGUCUUGGGGUUGUUACAGCUUCACCUUGAUCAUAAACUACGCCACCGUCGAACUAAAACAUAACAUAAAAUUCAAUGAAAUAGUAAGACGAGUGAAAUGAGCACUUUACAGAUACUUUUAAGAAACAACUUUCUCUGAAUUAAAUUGGCUUCUCUUGGUUCAACUUGCCAUGCUCACACAUCAACAUGGGCGUGCAACUCCCUCAGGUGCACCAGUGGAACCAACAUGCAGUACAAUAGUUCCUACAUGAGAAUUUUCACAAUAAAUGACCUGAUUGCAUAUAAAAUAUGCAUAGUGCAAAACAAAAUACAUGAACUGAAAGUAAGGCAGUAAAAGUUGAAGUGUCAUGUUGAAGAACCAGCAGGACAGCCAGACUUCGUUCAUUACCUUCGUUUUCCCACCUUCGUUCAUCCAUCCAUCAGGGUUUAUUGUCUGUGUGUGUGCGUGUGUCUGCGUGUGCGCGUGAGUGUGGUUAAAUGGGCUUUUAUUGCAAGCAUUGUUUAUUUUCUGUUAAAGAAAGCUGAGUUUCUUAACUAAUGGAUAAUAAAUAAAAGGACUUGACAUCUCCUCUGCCAAGUGUUUUAUAUAAACUGAGAAAUCUGAUUGUUUUUUUCCCUCGGUCGUCUUCCCCACAGUGUCCACUUUGUUUUUGCUUUGUUUUUUUUUCCUUCUUAUUUCUGUCAAUGUUUGUUAAAUUGUGGUAAUAAGAUGGGGAAAAUGUCCUUUAUUUUUUAGGGAUGGGAGGGGGCAGAUGCAAGUUUUCUAAUUAUUUUACCUUUUUUUUUUUUUUUUCUUUUUAAAGUGGGAUUUAUAAACUUAUUCGGACACAGACACACACAUCACCCUCGCACUUAUCCUCCUCUCUGUCCCCUCCCCUUUUUUCUUUUUCUUUUUUUUGGGGUCAAUCUGAGUAGAUAUGAUGUUGUACUGUUAAUUCUGAAAAUCUUGUUUUUGUUUUUGUAAUAAAAUUAAAAGGAACUGUA